ACCGCGAGCCGUAACCAAGCGACAAUAAUGCAGCAAGGCUGUUUACAAGUAAAAUCAAUUGAAGGCAAAGUUUACGAUUGUCAAGCUUUAGUCCUUUGAAUACUUGCACUUAGUUCAUCCGACACUCAUGGCUGACCAGAGCGAACUUGACCAGUUGGCCACUGCCGAAUUGCUGAGGCUGCAGCGACAGCAUCGAUCGCUUCAGCUCGAUCUUCGGGGUCUGCUGGAGGAGAAGGCCAAGCGACUGAAGAAGCAGAACCACAUGAUAAACGUGCUACAGGCCGAGCACCAGAAGCUGAAGGAGGAGAUCAAGACGUUGGAGGGCGGAACGCACGCUCGGAGGAACUCAAAUAAGGAACGGCAUCUGGGAGCACUGCAGAGACAGCAGACGGACCUGCAGAGGGUGCUGCAAAACGAGCGAACCAAUUUGUGGGAGCUGGAGGGGCACAUUCGGAAAAUGGAAAAGGAAAUCGACAGCCUGAGGCGCAAUGAGGUGCCCGACAAUUGCUACAAGGACACAAUAUGCAAGGUCCAAAAGAGCGUCGUCAAGCUGGAGAAUCGCCUGGAUGUGGUCAAUAAAAAGUGCAGCGAUGUCCUCACAGAGAACAGCAAAAUGCGAGAUGCCAUUAACCACAUGCUGCAGGAUCGGGCGAACUUCAACGACAUGUGGCAGGCGAUGGUAGCGCAGUUCAAUGAGGGCAAGAAAUUCAUCAUGGACUUGAUUGACCAAUCAACAAUGGCAUUCGAUCAGCGCGAGGAACUGUGCAACAAGCUGUCCGUGCUGAAGGACCGCAAUGAGAACGACAAGGUGAUGCACAUCCAGGAGAUGCGUGAGAUGCAGAGGCGCCUGGAGCACGAUGCCAAGUUGCAAAAGUUUUUCGACAUCAAGGGCCAGAAGCGUCUCAAUCCGGAGUUGGAGCAGCGCGAGUUGGACAAGAAGCAGAAUCAAAAGGAAAACUAUGAGCGACAACUAUUCGAAUACAAAGAAAUAAUUGAGAAGAUUAAGCAGUUGUAUGGCGAAGACGAUCCGGACCGCCUGGUGGCUCAGUUUAAGCGCCAGGAGGAUGAGAACUUUGCUCUGUUCAAUUACGUGAAUGAGCUUAGUCACGAGGUGGAGGUGUUAAACGAUUCCACACAAGAAUUAACCGACGAAAUAGAGCGACAAAAAUCGGAGCAGACCGAGAAGGAAUUGAAGCUAAAGACCGAGGCGUUGGAUUAUUUAAAUGCAGAGCGUGAUCGCAUUGAACAACUGGCAAAGGAGACCAGCGAAAAGAAGCAAACUCUGAGCAUCAGACUGGAGCAACUCCUCAAGGGAAUAGAGGAUAUAUUCAGACAACUGGCCUGUGACGACGCGCCCAUCCUCAACGUCCUCAGCACGAAGACCUUCCUGACUGUCCACAAUGUGAAGCUGUUCAUUGGCGUUAUAGAGCGACGUGUCAAUCUCAUUAUUAGCACUAUUAAUAUCGAGGAUAAUUCCAACAAGAUAUUGGCCAGAAAGGAUCGUGUGCCCAAGUUCAACAUACGAGAAUCAGCUAAAACCAAGAACUAACGAGAAGCGACGUGUGAGACGUUUCUUACGC